GCAAAAAAAAAUGUCUUCUGCUCUCACUCAUUAGACAGAAUAAUAAAAGAAAAAGAAAACAAACGAUAAAUUACAAUAGUGUUAAUGUAAAUACUAUGACUUAACAAGUGUUCAGUUACGUUAAAAAUAAUCAUAUAAAAAGAAUGAAAAAUAAUAAUAGCAAUACAAAGGAUGCCAUUUGUUUCUAAGAAAAAAAUCAAUUCUUCAUACGCAAUGUGAAAUCAUGUGAAAAUUAUAAAUAUAUCUAUAACAAAUAUCUAUUGAAGUGAAAUAUAUAAUGAUAAUAAUUAUAUUGAAGAGAAUUUGUUAAGUAUUUGCAAUAUGUAAUUAAAUAAUUCGUUUGUAUUUUUAACUUUGCAAAGUACGUAAAUUUAUCAUAUAUAUACGUAUAUAGAAUAUAUCUAUAUGUAUAUAAAUUAAAAGUCCAAGUUAAUCAAUCUAUUGUUUAAAAGUCAAAACAGCUGUCAUGGAGAAACAAAAACCACGGCAGAAAAAAAAGAAAGAUCGUAUACGAACUUCUCAUUUAUCGCGUGAAAUUCCUGAUGCUCCAACACUGGAGGAAUUUGAAUGUUUACUUGGUGAAUCGCCAACAAAUUAUCCUCGAGGUGAAGGCAUUGAAAAUAUGGAAAGUGAAUUGCAUUCAGCAGCAAUAGACACCGAGGUAUAUGAAAACGAAAAUUAUAAAGUUGUAAUUAUGGAAAAUGAUGAAAUUCCCACUGCUGAAGCUGUCGAAUGUACAGUACAUUUUGUCGAUGAAGUGGACACAGGAAUUCCAAUGGCCUCAGCGCCUUCUGAAGAUGUAGAAAAUUCUUCUGAAUUAAAUUCAAAAUUAGAAGAAAUGAGAAACAAUAUUUCGACAAUUAGACUGAUAGAUACAAUUCCAUCGGCGCCAAUUAUCGAAAAUGUCAUUUCACUGCCUGCGCAAACAACAAAAUUACCAUCAGAUAAAAAUAAUUUGAAAAAAGAAAAAUCAAAUUUAAAAUCACAAACAUCAACAAUGGAGAAAAGUAAAUUAGAUGAAAAAACAAUGAAACCAUUUAAUGAAACACAAUUAGCAGCACUCUACAAUAAUCAAGAAUUGUCACUUGUUGAAAGUUUUAUUAAUGAAUUUGUUGAUUUUCAACUACGCGGUCAUAGUAUUCGUCAACAGCAUAGACUACAAGAACUUGUAAUGAGUUAUCUUCGUGUACGAAAUCAUUUAAUUGUCAAUUCACAUGAAUUGGAAACACUUAAAAAAUCAUGUAAGGAUAUACAAAAACAAUUAUGGUGUUUAGAUAAAGCUGGUAUCACUGAAUAUGGCGAAUGUCAAGAUGGUAAUCCAGUGAGUGCAAAUCAUGAAUAUUCAGUUGCUCAUUUUAAUAAAAAAACUCUUGCGGCACUAACAAAAAAUCUUUCGGCUAUUAAAGAGUCCUUGCAUAAUACACACGCGUUAUAUUGUUACGAAUCGGAAACAUUGAAACUACAGAUCGAGCACUACAUACAGAGAGUUUGUAUUUCUUGUAAGGAUUUUGCUAAUUUACCACAAAAUGCGCCUAUUAGUUUGGAACCAUUUCAAAUAUCCUCACACACAAUGCCACAAUUGGUAGAACUGAGAAUGUGCAUAUCGAUAUUAUUUUACUUUCAACGACGUGUUUUGAAAGAUGGAAAAUUUGUCACCGACACUAGAGAUUGGCUAUCGAAAUUGGUGGCAAUUUUAUUGAGAGUCGCAACAUGGCAAGAUCAUUUAUUUUUAUUGAAUCACGUUCUUCGAUGUCCUGGAGGAGUUACAAAUUGGGCGAAAAGUUUUAUUCAAAUUCCAGUUCCAUCGAGAAAUAGAAACCUAACGUCGCCAUUAAAUGAUCCACAUUUGGAUCAUAUUGUAUCGACACUGGCUGUUAUUUUAUUGCCAAUAAAGGAGAGAAAUCAAUUUUUGGAACAAGUUCAAAUAUCCUUACAAGAGACGGGUAAUAAUAACGGUGAUACAGUUUGGGUAAUGUUGGACGAAGAAGGUGAAGAGGAUGAAGACAUUGCAAAUUGUGGGGCAAAUCUUUUUGAAAGUGAUCUUAUAUCACUUCUACAUCAAAUUCCAUUGGAUAAAUUAUUUGAACAAGUUUUAUUUAUUGAACGACAUAAUGAUAAUUUUCAUCAAGACGGUAAUGCAGUGACGGAACAUCAUAUUUUACGAAUAUUUGCAUUUUCAACUGUUAUUGUUCGACUUUUGAAAAAAGGACUUCAAACUUAUGAUUCACCACGUUAUCGUCAAUUGGCAAAAAGAUUAAGUGCCUUAAUUAGAGAUACUGUACAAUAUUCCAGCGAUUUAUGGGAAUUAUUCGAUAAAACAAAAAUCACUGACAAUUCAAUGUUAAUGAGAAUACAAUUGGAGUAUGAUUAUUUUUUUUUGAGAGCAACACUUUGUAUAUUUUCAUCACGAAGACUUGGAGCUUGGCAAUAUCUUGCUGCAAUUCCCUAUCAUAUUGUCUCUUCCGAUAUGCUUUGGAAAAUAUUUUAUAUUCUACACACUGAUUCGUCAAUUGCUGAUCUUCCUGAUUUUGAAAUGUCUCAAUGGGAAACGGAACUAAAUUCACCAAAGAUUUAUAAACAAUUUGAGGAGAAAUUAAGUAAUUUACCAGGCGAUGAGUCGUAUUUUUUACUAACUACUUUUGCAAAUAUGGCAAUGGCAAGAACGGAUGAUUAUGAAUUUGUUCGUGCGACAACGAUUGAUCUUUUUCAAAUUGGAUUUCUCAGUAAAAAAACUCAGGACACUUGUUCGAAGGAUGCGAGAUCACUAUUGUCGAAUUUGACUGAUAAAUAUUCUUCUCUUUUGUCGGAUAUUCUUCUAAAAUUGAGAGAUAAUUUUGUCUCAGUGGGAAAAUUGAGUUUGUAUCUAUUUACAGAAUUGAGAAUUGAAAAAUGGAUACCGCAGAAUGGGGAUUUAAAUGUUAUUUCAGCUUGGCUUCAUCAGUAUCCAUUGUCAUCGACUGAAAGUCAUUUGGCACGUUUGGUACUCUCGCAUUUUAAUUGGGGACUCGGAGACGAUAAUAAUUUACAUCUUCCAAUAAAUGUACAUCGUCGAAUUGCAUUAUUGAUGGUUGAAUUAUCAAAGAAAUAUAUUUUGGAAAAUCCUGUUCAAAGUGCAUCACUAUUGGCCGAAGGUGUAAAGCAAGUAUCAUCGAUAGUUCGAUCACAAAGUAAUGAACAAGCAUUUUCACAAUGGGUUUGGGAAAUGGUGUCAAGAUUAAGACUCAAUCGUCUUGAAGAAUCAGAUGCCGUUAGUCAGUACUCAAUUAUAAAUCCCGGUGAAGCAUUUUCUCAUGUGCCUGAUUUAGAUUCGGAUCCAAAUUUGGAAUCAUUAGUUAUUGUUCUCAAUGAAAAACAACCACUCGCCGCUUUUGUUGCAUUGAGAAUGACACUAUUGGGACAUUCAAUUCCAUUAAUUUGUUCCAAGGGCUUUGAACAUUUACAAAUAUUACAAUCCUAUCAUAAAUAUGAACAAAUGUUACACGUUCUUCACAAUAUAAUUCCUCUAUUUUUAAAUUGUUCGGAAUAUUUAUUGAAUAAUGAAAAAUUUCUAAGCUUGACAAUAGCUUUGAUCACUGCCGAUAGAACGUACAUGAAAAUAGCAAAAAAUCUUAUUGCUCCGGAAUUUCCUGGCAGUAUUUUGAAACUAUUUUCAAGUAUGAUUGAAUCUCAUUUGCACAAUUAUAAAAGAUACUGCUUGCAAACGCCUGAACCUUUUGUAAGACUGUGGUUAAAUAUUCUUAUACUGAUACCAGACUGGAAUCGGGAUCAAAGUGUACUUUAUUUAUUAGACACUGUAAUACGUGCCUCAUUUUUUUACAUUGACGCAAGAACAACAACGGAGAUUAUGUUUCAAAAUCUCUUCUCUCUAUCACUCGUGAAUGGCAAUGAGAAUCUCUCAUGUGGAAAAAAUUCAAGUUCCUUUGGUUCCUUCUUAAAUUGGGCGAUGGGUUCGUCAAGUUGUCCAAGUCUUCUAGGAGGAUCUAUACAGUCAAUUUGGGUGGCUUAUAUUAUUUUGUACACUGAACAAUAUGAAAGGGAAUUAAAGACAAAUUUAUGGAAGGAAAUUUUACGAGAAUUGUGCCUACAAACAAAGACUUCAUUGGACUCUGCCCUCAAGAAAGCUUUUGCCACUGUUAAAGUACAACCAUUCAGUGCAAACAGUUUGUCCAUUUAUCGUUGGUCCCAACAAGCGCUUGAUACACCUCUAGAUCAUCCUCUAUUACCUCUUUUGUGGCAGAAUUUUUUUUCUCUUCUCUUGGGAAGACCUCCGUCUUCAACUGGUGUCAUUGAUCAUGGUGGUGUAGGUGAGAAAUUUUUCGAAGGAAUGAUAAAUUUAAGCUAUUUGAAAAAAGUGAAAAAACGCUUACACGAUACAGUGGAAUAUUUUCAAAUGAAAGCUGAAAAUGAUUUGGAUAAUGGAAAAUUAAUAACCGAUGAGAGAAGAAUAUUUUAUCUUGAUAUGGCAAAAUUUUAUAAAACAAUGACAUUGUGGCUUGAAGAGCCAAGAUUACAGGAAUCUGGCCUUUAUCUUCCCGCUUUACCUCCGCAAUAUAUGUCACAAAAAUUAAUGUUACUUCUACAAGGCGAUAGAAAUCCAUGGUUAGAAUAUGUGGAUUAUUUUUCAGUACAACAAAGUCAACAGAAAGCAAUACAAGAAUGGCAAUUUGUGACCUAUCAACAAGUUGAUUGUCUUAAAAAAUUUUCACAAACACCAACAACACCAUUAGAACCAGUGGAUCCACAGCAAAGAAUUUUUCGACGACUAAAUAGUUAUGAGCAACCUGUACCGUCGCCAGUUUUAAAUCGUAAUAAUCCCGUUAUACAGCCUAUUCCAAGGGAUUGUUUAUACAAUUCGGAUUCAAUUAUUAAAUUAAUAGGACCACAUUUUAAAAUUAUUUUGGAUUAUGCACAGACAUUUAAUUUAAUGGUUUCGGAGCACACUGCGGUGGAUUGUAGCUUUUUGGAAUUGGUACCGACACUUUAUAAAGAAGUUGAAAAUUAUAUUACACUACAUGCACUCUGUGAUAUAACGUCUUCAAAUCAAAAACGUUCACGUUCAGGAACACCACCUAUUGUUCAUUGUGCUGGUCCAGCUGUUAUACGAGUCAAGAUUUUAGAGGCUCGUGUUAGCGAUGGUGUGGAUGAAAUGAUAAGUCAAAAUAGAGCAGAAUAUGAAAAUCUUUUGGUAAAAGCAAGUCAACCACCGCCAAGUAAAGUUACACUCGGUUGUGUUAUUGCUGAUCACUUAAUCGCGCUACUUGAACACGAAUUGAAUCUUAAUCGUACGACAGAAAAUACGUCAAUUUUGCGCAAAGUACAAGACAGUGGUGUUAAAUUAUUUUACUAUCUAGUUGAACUUUACAGCGAGGAAGCUUCACUCUGUCCGCCUACAAAGCAAUUAAUUACAACAUGCAUUGAAAAAUUGGGACAGUUGUUCAUAAGUGGAGAAGAAAGUCAAGGAACAGAAUUACUUAAAGCAAUAAUCGAACGGCCUAAUCUCGGAGGACUUUUGGGUCCUCAUUUUACUCCCGUUGCUGGUGGAGCUUCAUCAUUUUUACAAAUGUACCAAAUUGUGGUUGAAUUGUCAACAGGUUCCAAUGUUGAUUUAUGUUUUGUACUUCUUUCAAAGUUUGACGUUGGAAGUUGGUUGAAUUAUAGACGACCAAGACUGAGUGAGAGAUCAACUUUCAUUGAAUUAGUAUCGCGGGCAUUAUGUAACAUUGGAUUAAAUCCAGAAGAAGAUAAGCAAAUAUUACACGAGUUGUUUCGAAAUCAUCUUCGACUUGUGUUGUUACACGAAUUUCCCGAACAUUAUGGAGAAGUUUUGAGUGUUAUUUUACGUGGAAGUGAGGGACAAAGUUUAUCAUUAGAUGUUUGGCGCGAUUUAUUGGGAGUUUUGAGUGGAAGAGCAAAAUCUGCACCACCGAUGCAUGUUUUAAAAGUUAGAGAUGAAAUUCGACGUUACGCUACGGAACAAAAAAUACUUUCUCGACAAGAGAUGCACGAUACGGCAGUGCUGCUGAGCAAACAUUUUAUGAAUGAACGUUUACAAUACGGAUUAUAUGGUUUAUAUCCAAAAUAUCGUGUUUAUAAUGAACCGUUAACAAUAUUUUUGGGUAUGGUGGGCCACGCUUUAGUUGUCUUGACACUACAGUCAGAUAGAGGCUCAUUAGCUGAUCAGUUAUGUGAAAAGAUUUGGCCCGUUUUGAGUGAAAUGUUUGCGCCUUGGAUAACGCCUUAUUGGACGAGAAAUUUACGUGAACCAACAGCGGCUUGGAUUCAGCAAUUAACUGAUGAUCGUUCAAUUUUACUACCAUGGAUUAUUGCCGAUGGUCCAUAUGCAAAUCGAACUGUUGCCAUGUUUAUCGAAUGUGUACGUUUCAUAACUGACACAAUGCCCGCCUCAAGUAAAAUACUUUGCUAUCUUUGGCAAUUUUAUGUUACAAAUUUUGCUCACGCUUCGAUAAAAGAUCAUGUUUUAAAUGUGAUUCAUGGUAAUUUUUUAUCCCUACCUUGGGAAAGAUUUUCACCCGGUAUCAAUGAUGUGGAAUUUAUGAUUAAAGUCGUCGAUCAAUAUUUACCAGACAGUCAUUUAUUUUUGGGAAGUGUCUUUACGAUUAUUAAUUGGCCAUUGUGGAUCAAUGAAAUGCUUUCAGUUCAACCAUUAACAGUUUCGGCGAGAAUGCAUGUUUGUUUAUUGAAUCUUUUGGUGAAAUUAUCAAAUGAACCCAAUGUCCGACAGAAUGAUAAAGCUGUGAAAUUAAUGGAGGAUGCUGAAAAAUUUGCCUGGCAUUUGGUGGAUGCAUCAUCAUUUGAUCAAGUUAUUAAUUGGCAUGUUAUGAGUUGUGAUCCACGAGUAAUUCUUUCUAUUGAAAAUGAAAUCGUUCAUCCAAUCGAUAUAGCUGUUAAUAAUUUAUUAAAAGUUGUCGCUGCUUAUGAUCCAACAGUGACACAUUUUCAUCCAACGACAUUGAAAAAACGACAAAUUUAUGUUCGUUCUUGUAUGAAAUUAUUGACUAAUUGUACAUCGAGACAUAAAGCACUUUUGUCGACAAAUUUACGAGCAUUUACAAAUGCACUUUCAAAUAUGCUUGAUGAACUCGAAGCUGUUAUUACAAGUACUGUUUCAGAACCACAACAAACUGCAGAAGCGGGUCUUUUGGUAACUGAAUUAUUACUUUCGGUGAAUCAAAAUGGAGUUUUGGCUGAUCAUUUGAAAAUAAGUUGGACUUCGUGGUUGUCGAAAAGAACUGGAAAUAAUCCAAUAGUUAUUGGAAUUUUGAGAGUCAUUGGAGUUGCAAUUGCAUCUCCGUCAAUUUUGGGAGAUAUUAUGGAAGCUGCUUUAGAGGCUUAUUUCAGGCAAAAUGUUAUUGAAGACGUUCAACCCUCCUGGGCUGCGGUGCUAUCUGUUUUACAAUCUCUAGUACCACGCCAACCACCAGUCGAAGGAGUUUUAGUUGCUGAGGGAAAACCUUUAGCACUUUAUGCGAUUCUAUUAAAAAAAUUACCAUCUUGUAGAGAUAUUAGAGAGGAAGGAAUGCUUCUGACAAAUCUAAUUGAUUGGAUUACUGCCAUCAAACCUAUGGAAUCGUUUGAGAGUAAACUUCCACUUUUGUGGGCGAAAGUUUUGGAAUUAAUUUACAGACAAUGUCAAUAUAGUGAAAAUAUGACAGUUGCAAUAAGGGCCCUAAAGGGUUUAGCUCGAGCACUACUAACAAUUGCAGAUGAUGCAGGACAAGGAUGGGGAAUUUUAGGAGCAAUUGGUAUUCGAAAAGGAUCACAAAUUUCAAUCAGAUGUAAAUAUUUGAGUAGAGCUAUAAGCGUCUAUUGUUUAGCUCAAAUGCCAGAAUCAAAAUCAGAGCAACAAGUAGUGAGAUUCACACCUCAUUCACCAGGUGUUGCUCCAUUGAGAUCAAACGAUUCUGAUUUAAUGGAAAUUCGUCCAAGCACCGAUGCCGUGAAAGCAAUGCAAACACUUGAAGCCCUUCUAAUUAAUAAACAAUAUCUCGAACUAAAAGGCGAUAUCGAACAGGCAAUUAGAUUAAUUAGAGAUUCUGCAAAUUCUCUUCAUAAUGCCGUUGCCGUUGUUGGCACAUUGACAGGUGAAAUUUAUAAUCAAAGAUAUCUACACGUUUUAACAGAUUAAUAAUAUUUGCCAGGCUUUAAAUCCUAUUUAGGAUCAUCAGACUUUUUUUUUAUUAUUCGUAUCUAGUCAUCAUUUUGUUAUGCGAUAAAAAUAUUUUUUAAAACAAAAUAUAUCACACACUAUUAGAUAUUAUAAAGUAUUUUGAUACUUUAAAAUGUUUAUUUUGAUAAUAUAUAUAUAAAUAUUUACUUAUUGUCAAUGUUGAAAAUUAUUCACAUAUUUAUUAGAAAAUUGUGAUAAAUUGUUAAAAUAUUUUAAUAUUUGUUAAUAUUAAAUACGACACAAGAUUUAAAAAAUCGAUUUCUUUAUAUUUUGUUAAAUUUUUUUAAAAGUAAAAUUACAUUAUUAUAAUUCCUAAAGAAAUAUCUUUAGUAGACAAAUAGAUGUAAUUAUUCACCUAAUUAUUGAAUUUCAAUAAUUUUCACAUAAAACUAAUGCACGACGAUGGCUAAUUGGAAAAUUAAUUCCUUUUUUUUAUAAAAUGUAAAUAAUUCAUCAAAAAUAGAUUAGAAUUAGUAUAAUGCAAUGAUUUUGUAUGAUUGCUCAUUUAUCUUAACAAUAUAAUUAGAUGCAAAACCUAAGAGCUCGAAAAAAAAUUAUUUGAACAAAAAUAGGCUGUGUAUAAUUAUUUUAUAAAUUGUAUUAUAUCAUGUAUGAACGUUUGUUUAUGUAUUUAUUGUCAAAUAUAUUACAUUACUGCAAAA